AUGUAUAAUGAACUAUUACCAAAGCUUUCACCAGCAAUGUGUAAAAUAUGUCAGUCUCAUAUAGUCCAAGAAAAAGAAUCAAAAUCAGAUAAAUGGUUUUUAUUAUUGCAAUACUUGCAUUGUAAUAUAAAUGAUCUAUUAAUUACUAAUUUCUUUUUAGAUAGUAUGAGUGAAUUUGGAGGAAAUGAUAUACAGAUGUGCCAAUUAAUAUGGAUUCGAAAAGUUCAAGAUAUUCUUGAUCUAAAUAAAAAUCAAUUUCGAAUAAAGUUACAUAGGAAGACUUACACUAUCCCAACUUUUAGCAAGGCUACAGAGGUUAAUGAACUAGAGCAACAAGUUUCAGAUAUGUAUGAUAAAAGUAAGUUAGAAUCAGCUCAAAAGAAUGCAUUCUUAACUCAGAAAGAGAUAGUAAAAAAAGGAUCUGAGAUCAUAUUUCUCAAGUCUGAAUUAAUCAAUAUAAAGAAUGAACUAAUGAAUACAAAGAAUAAAUUAGCUUUAAAAAUUAAUGAAAUUGAGUGUUUAGGUGCUUUACGUUUUGCUUUACAGAAAACAAAGAAUAUAUUAGAUUCUGUAAUUAGAGGAGGUACAGAAAAAAAUACGCAGAGUGAGGAACAAAGUUUUAUAUCGAAUUCUGGAGACACAUCGGAGGAAUCAGAGAUUCGAGACUAUGCCUCAUCUAAAAGUCUUGCAAAAUAUUUUAAAAGUAAAAAUGAGCUAGUAAUAAAAGAAAAUGAUACAUUACCAAUUAUCACAAAUAAGCAGAAUCCAGAGUCAUUGAUCCAAGAUAUUACAAUAGAAGGGGCAGUAUGCACUGACGAGGCUUUAGCUAAUGAUAAGUAUCAAAUUCCUCCUAUUAUUAAAAUUAAAGAACUAUUACAGAACAAGCCUGAAGGGCAAACCAAGAAUUAUGGCUCAUCAAGCUUAUUUUCAAAGAAAAUAAGUUUUACUCUACCACCUAUGAAACUUUAUCUUAUAGAUAUAGAUGAAGCUAAUAAACAUGAAUUAAUUCGAAAUAUUGGACAUCUAGCAAUAUUAUGGCCCUUCAGUAAGGUAGUUAGUAGUAAGAGUGGUACAGAUAAAACUAAUAUACUUGGAAAUAUUUUUGUUGUUAAUAAAGGUGAAUGUAUAUAUAAAAAGAAAAAGAGUAGAUCCUGCUAUAUACAAUGUGAUGAUUUGAUAGUUUGUGGAUAUCACCCAAAUGAACCUAAAUGGGCAUUUGUUAGAUAUAUAUAUGAAGUAAUUGCAAGUGAUUCAAGAGUAUCAUAUUAUGAAAAUAUUAGAUUUAAAUAUAUCUUACCUGAAAAAAUUCUUAGUAUAAUAUCUUUCUUCCCCAAAAGAAGUACUGUUAUUAUCUUUGAAAAUUUAUGUAUUGCCUCUAAGUCUAUACAAAAUCGAAUUAUCCUAUUUUUUACAUAUAGAUGUCAUCGUAAUAUAAGUCCAAUAUAUGUAAUGCAAAAAUAUCAUUAUGUCCUAAUAAUUAUUUGUGAAAAUAUCACACAUUUAGUGAUAUUUAACUCAGGUAGCUUAUAUGAAGAUAUUUUAAAAAUUAUUAAAUGUUAUACUAAUGAUGUAAAAAGUGUAUCGAUGGUUAUUAAUAGCUAUCUUCACAAGGAUGAGUUUAUUGUAUUCGACCUUAAUAAGGCAGAAGAUGAUCCACUUGCAAUUCGGCUAAGGUUUGAUACUCUACUAGAUUUGCAAAAAGAGAUAGAGUUACGGCAAAAGCAUAAGAUAAAAAAUAUAUUACUUGCUGAACCUACUUCAUAG